GUGGAGUUGGGUUUCUUCGGCUGCUCGAGGGAGUCGAGGGUCUCGCCAGUCGCCUCCAUUCCCAAGCGGGCUGCUUUUGGGCACCCAGGCCUCGCCGUCGCUGCCGCCACCACAAUGUCCUCCGACUUCGAGGGCUACGAGCAGGACUUCUCGGUUCUCACCGCGGAGAUCACGAACCGCAUCGGGAAGGUGCCCAAGUUGCUAGGAGAUGAGAAGAGGCAAAUGGUUUCAAAUGUGGAGAAGCACCUGGAAGAAGCAAGAGAGCUGCUGGAACAAAUGGAGCUUGAAGUUCGAGAAAUCCCUCCACAGAGCCGAGGCAUGUACAGCAGUAGAAUGAGGAGCUACAAGCAAGAAAUGGAAAAACUUGAAGCAGAUUUUAAAAGGUCACGGAUUGCCUACAGUGACGAGGUGCGGAAUGAGCUCCUAGGGGAUGAUGGGAAUUCCUCGGAGAUCCAGUUGAUAAAAUUACGUGAAGAGAGGGCACAUCUGCUCGAUAACACAGAGAGGCUGGAAAGGUCAUCUCGGAGACUAGAGGCUGGAUACCAAAUAGCAGUGGAAACUGAACAGAUUGGUCAGGACAUACUGGAAAACCUCAGCCAUGAUAGAGAGAAGAUUCAGCGUGCUAGAGAAAGACUCAGAGAAACAGAUGCAAACUUGGGCAAGAGUUCAAGGAUCCUUACAGGAAUGUUACGAAGGAUCAUCCAAAACCGGAUUUUGAUAGCUAUCUUGGGGAUCAUCGUCAUCUUUGCAGUCGUGAUGGUUAUUUAUUUUUCUGUCAAGGGACACUGAUAUCUUUGUUCUUCACUAACCAGCAACAAACUGCUUCAGCGUAAUUAAGACAAAGUGGCCCACAUGAAUCAUUCUCUUGCACUGAAAUGGUUCUUCCCUCUCAAAGCCCGCAGGUCAACUCUGGUGCAAGUAGCAUAAGCAUAUUCUGUCUUACUGGCUGCAUGUGCAUUUGAUAUUUUUCUUUGUUUUAGGGAGUGUGUCAUAUAGCGUGACUGUUCUGGUUUUCCCGUAUUAACAUAUGGAAUGAACAUACAUAAUUAGCAGAUAUACAAGAUCGCAUAGUAAUUAGCAUAUGAAAUUCCAAACCAGAUUAUUAAUGUUGACAAUUCUAAGAGGUUAAACACCUUGUGUUGAGUUAGUAUUUAUAUCUCUGGCAGGAUGUUUAGUCGUGAUUUAGGAUUUUGGGAAAGGACCAAACAAAAUUUCAACAACAUACUCUCACAUACUCAUGCUUGAAUAACUGUCACAGAUAUAACCCAGCAAAGCAGAGGAGUUAUUGUUUCUAAUAAACCUAUCAACUUGAUAAGAUGUCCACUGCGAACCUAUUAUUCUAGUGAGAUCUUUCUUCUUAUUUCUUUCAAACUUCCCCCCCCCCUGACAUGUAUAUAGUGUUGCCCUAUUAUCAUGUUACUGUGCUGUUAAUUUUGCUUUGUAUUAUUGAGAUUUUUGUGUAUGUGGAGUCUUGUAUGAGAAGAAACUGGAUAACAGAUGUAUAAAGAUCCUCUCUAUGUCAGUUCUAAAUUUAAAUUCAACAAAAUAAUGAUACUUAGAAUUUGAAGUUCUAUGCUAGAAUAAAUAUGAUGAGAUUG